CUAGUAAACGGGUACGUCCUAGUCAUACAAAGUCUCCGCGCCUAGGAGAAUAGUCUCCAACCUUUUUAAUAUAUAUUCACGUCCAGUUUGCUUUUCUUUCUACUAAUAAAUACAGUAGACGUCAAAGAAGAAGACUGAUAUUUUAAUUCUCUCAUUUUCUCUUUCACAUUAUCAGUUCUAUAAUUAAAUAAACAAUAAAAGUUGAUGUUAUUCUUAGAGUUGACUUUGACUUACAAGAAGUUGGAGAUGGUCUUAACUUUCAGAUUGGCUAGCUGAUCUGGUUUUAAUCAAUUUUACUCAUAAACCCAAUGAAGGAAAAAAGUAAAAGAAAAAAAAACACAGAAGAAAUGAUAAGAAGUUGGAUAAUGCCUGUUUAUACCUCAUUAAACUCUCUCUUCCUGCUCGCCUUCUUCAUUACAUACCUGAGGGCUUCUGCACAAUUACAAGACCCGACUUAUGUCAGCCAACUAUGUACUAACAGAAUAUCAAGAAACACAACUUACUUUUUCAAUCUCCAAACCCUUUUGACCUCUCUUUCUUCCAACAGUGCUUUCUUCUCCAUGGGAUCACAAAGCCUCACAAAGGGUCAAAACGAUGACAUGGUAUUCGGACUCUAUCUCUGCAAAGGAGACCUCUCGCCUGAAGCUUGCGGUGACUGCGUCCUAUUUGCCACGAAAGAUGCUCCGACUCGAUGUCCAGGAGGGAAAGAAUUCUUGAUUCAGUAUGAUGAGUGCAUGCUUGGAUACUCUGACCGGAAUAUAUUCAGUGAUGCUGUAACCACAACUAGAAUAAUCACUUGGAACCCUCAAAAGAUUACAGAAGACCAAGACCUGUCCGACCGGUUCAACCAUGCAGUGGUUGCUCUGAUUAACAAGUCUGCAAAGGAAGCAGCUAAUAGCAGAACGAAGAAGUUUGCGGCUAACAAGACAAACUUCACUUCGUCCCGGACCAUUUACACUUCGGUUCAGUGCAAUCCUGAACUGUCAGGUGAAGAUUGUGUAACCUGUCUGCAAAGGUCCAUCAAGGAUUUUUAUUUCAACAGUGUUGGAGGAAGAGUUCUUGUCCCGAGUUGUAACUCACGGUACGAGCUCUAUCCGUUCUACAAUGAAACCUUUGUGACAAGUCUCUCUCCGCCGGUAAAUAGUCCUCCCCUGGUUUCAGGUCCUCCUUUGCCGCCUGGUAAAGGAAGAGAUUGGACGGUGAUAAUCUUGGCAAUUUGUGUGCCUUUCUCUGUCUUUGUUCUUUUUCUUGUGGCUGUUAUAAGCUACCGUGUAACAAAGAGAGUGAAGAAGACUUAUGAUACUACAGCUGCAGAUGAUGAAGGGGAGGACAUUACAACUGCAGGCUCACUGCAGUUUGAUUUUAAGGUUAUUGAAGCUGCGACAGAUAAGUUUUUGAUAAGUAACAAACUUGGUCAAGGUGGGUUUGGAAAAGUCUACAAGGGGACACUUCCUAAUGGGCUACAAGUUGCCGUGAAGAGACUUUCAAAAACAUCAGGACAAGGCGAGAAAGAGUUCAAGAAUGAGGUCGUUCUUGUGGAAAAGCUUCAGCACAGAAACCUAGUCAAGCUUCUUGGGUUUUGUUUGGAGAGAGAAGAGAAGAUACUUGUCUACGAGUUUGUGUCUAACAAAAACUCAAGUAAGCAGAGCCAGCUGGAUUGGAAUACACGGUACAAGAUUAUAGGAGGAAUAGCUAGAGGGAUUCUAUAUCUCCAUCAAGAUUCACGACUCACAAUCAUACAUCGUGACCUUAAAGCGGGCAACAUCCUCUUGGAUGCUGAUAUGAAUCCAAAAGUUGCAGAUUUUGGAAUGGCUAGAAUAUUUGAAAUGGACCAAACCGAAGCCAAUACGAGAAGAGUAGUUGGAACCUAUGGUUACAUGUCUCCCGAGUAUGCCAUGUACGGCCAGUUCUCAAUGAAAUCAGAUGUUUAUAGCUUCGGAGUCUUAGUUCUUGAGAUUAUAAGCGGAAGGAAGAACAGCAGCCUCUAUCAGAUGGAUGGUAGUGUUUGCAACUUGGUUACAUAUACCUGGAGGCUAUGGAGCAAGGGGUCUCCAUUAGAUCUCGUGGAUAUGUCUUUUGGAAAUAACUAUCAAAGAAACGAAAUAAGGAGAUGCAUCCAUAUCGCUUUAUUAUGUGUCCAAGAAGACACUGGAGAUCGUCCAACCAUGGCAGAGAUAGUUCAAAUGCUUACUACUAGCUCUAUCUCCCUUGCAGUGCCUAGACCACCUGGACUUUUCUUUAAGAGUAAUCAGGAACAAACAGGUCCAUCAAUGGAUAAGUCUGUUCUCUGUUCCAUUGAUGAUGCACCGAUUACUUCUGUAACUCCUCGUUAAAGACAAGCUCGUUUUAUAAACCAAAAAUCAUGUCAGCCCCAAAAUUUACUGUUUUUGGGUUCAUUUCAGAAUAUAGGUGAACGUUACUUCCUUUGGUGUCACGUUUAUGAUUUAUAAGCCAUGAAUCUUUGAUGAGGAUGAAAAAAUCCUGGAGGAAUCCCUCCAAUUAUAUUGUAUAUUACUGUCUAGUUCACCUGGUCCCUCAUUUUGAAUGGUUUGUUGCGUUGACUCGUGGGAUGACUUUUCUUGAGUCAACCGUAGGUUGUUGCAAUUAUUUGGAGGAACAAAACAAAAAUGAUUCCAUGAGGAACACAACCCAAGUCGUGAAAUCUCGAGAAAGAUUGGAUUGAAAGAAUAUGUUGUGUGGUUACUUAACAAGAUGGAUCAAAAGAUGAGCUAAUAGCAAACACCACCGAAGUUCAAACAUGUAAAAAGUGCUAAUUUUAUCUGUGAAUCCGACUUUUGGCACGGAUCCAACAACCUUAUCCGUAACGAAGUAUGUCAUAGUCUAGCUACGGUUAACUGUAUUAAUUUCAACUCAAUCAAAGACUCUUAAACCAACCAAACAUUGAACUGGAGACUUGGGAGAGGCCGCGUGCAAACGCAGGCUUCCAAUGCCACAAAUAAUGACGCAGGCUCUCCCACUUGGGGAGACCUUAAGCUAAGCACCCUUCCAUUAUGUGCAAUGGAAGUCACUAGCUUAGGCAACUCUUCUUCAUGAUCAAGACGGCCCCGUACAGGUAAGUAUCUUUCAAAAUCGACCAUCUUCUUGUUUUAUACUACGCUAAAUAUGAGUGUCUUAUAGUUACGCUUCCGAUGCGGGAUGUACGCUUGAAGUCAUUAUUUAUCUUCAAGUCAGGGUUUCGUUGUUUUGUUUCAUUCCUCAACUGAAGAAGACCUUCCUCAGUGGCUAAUAUAUGACCCAAAUAUACAUCUAUCUAUCUAUCUAUAUAUAUAAAAGAAGCUUUGGAUCUCUCCCAGAUGGUCCACGUAGACGGACACGUCAUCUAUUCGGUCGACAUCGUGACGACACCUGUCCCGCUUUACAAAAUGCAGCGUUUUAUUUAUUCUGAUUUAUAUUUUGUUUGGGCUUUAGAUUGCAAACGGGUUUUAGAUGAAGCUUUAAAAAAACCAUCUCCAAAAUAGUUUAGUCCUGUCUCUAAACGUGUCGUUUUUGAUUUCAAUGGUUGAACCGUUAUUCUUCUCCGCCGUCGGGAUGUAGGCUCUAAGUCUAGGGUUUCGAUUCAUCUUCUUCCUCAGACCCUGAUUUUAAUCAGUUUCACCUUCGUCUUCUUAAAGGCCUCCUUGAUUCAAUCAUACACGAUCUACAUUUAUUUCUGCUUCUCUCGUGGAAAUCUCAGUAUAAAAAGGAAGGACCAAGAAAAACAAAGCAACGACAAUUAACCAAAUCUGGAUAAGCACUGCAAAUGGAUCAAGAAGAAACAGAGGCACUCCAGAACUGCAUGAAACUAUAUGUACCUUUCUUACGGGUUUUGAUUGUUGAGUUCGUCGCGUUGGAGCAUCUCAGAGUCACAGAUCGUUGUUUGAUUAUAUCUACUGCUGUCAGGCCGCGAGUAUGUGGAGCUUGCAGUGUCAUGACACUUAGCUUCUCAGUUUUUCACACUUAGUUUCAAAAAGAAAGAAAAAAGAAGAUUGUGUUUAGCGGUUCAAAUGAAGUCUCGACUUCUCGGAUGAGUUGAUAAGAAAGAUGGAGCUUAGAAGCCUCCGUAGUUACUGAGCCUGCUGUUAGUAGACGACCAUAUUGUUGGGGAAUUGUCCCGAGUGUAUGCACUGCAAUGAUUUUAUAUAUGUUAGAUUUUUAUAGGAACAUGCUCAUUAGCAUGAAAAUAAUGAGAAGGUGACAAAUAUAAAUUCAAGUGUAAAUUCCGGUAGAAAAUAUAUUAUAUUAUCUCCACUGAAGAAAUCAAAUAAUAUCAUAUUAUUGGUGGAAGUUAUGUAAAUUUGUUUUGUUUACUUUUCAGGAAAUAAAAAUAAAAACUAUAGGACAACGUUUCUGCAAAA